AUGAAGUUUAUCGGCGCCAUGGUGCUAUUCGUAGCAACUUGCUCGGCCAUCGCCCUUUCUGUUGACGAUUCUGCUUGGGCACGCAGACCAGCACAACACCGUAAAUAUGUACCUGAAGGCGACUAUUGCAGGAACAACGAGGAGUGCGGUCCGGGCAACCUUUGCUGCGGCACCGGCCAAGAAGGUUCCUUCUGUUACAAGGACGCAUCCCCAGAUGACCUUGCCUGCACUGGCUAA